AUGGCCAACCAGAAUGUCCCACAAACUCGGAAGGCUCUUCGCAGACGCGGCCCUCACGUAGCCGAGUUUGUCGACGAAGCUAUUCCCUCUCGAGGCUCAUCCGAUGUGCUCAUUCGAGUUCGUGCUGUUUCGUUGAACUACAAGGAUCUAGCCAUGUUGGAUGACAACUUUCCUUGGCCAGUUCCAUCCAACAUUAUUAUGGGUGCAGACGUCGCGGGCGAGGUUGUUUCGGUUGGCGACAGAGUGUCGCGGUUUGAGGUCGGCAGCAGAGUUGUUGCUGUUCAUAAUUUGGACAACAUUACUGGGCGAGAAUUAACGGCGCGAGCUAUGGAUGGCACCUUGGCUACCUAUGUAGUCUUUCCAGAGGUCGAGCUUGUGAAAGUUCCCGACAACUUGACAUGGGCCGAGGCUAGUAUUGUUCCCUGCGCUGGAGUUACUGCCUGGUCGGCCCUGAACAUGAAGACCAACAACUUGUGGGGAAAGACUGUGCUUGUCCAAGGUACGGGAGGUGUGAGUAUUAUGGCACUCAGCCUAGCUGCCAAAGCUGGUGCCACCGUUAUUGCUACUUCUUCGUCUGAUACGAAGUUGGAGCACGCGAAAAAGCUUGGUGCUACCCAUGUCAUCAACUACAAGCGGAAUCCCAACUGGGAGGAAGAGGUGUUGAAGCUUACCGGAGGCCUUGGGGUCGACAUCGUCAUCGAGCAAGGCGGCGCAAGCUCCCUACUUCAGAGCGUACAAUCGAUAAGGCGGGAGGGUCAAAUCUCUCAAGUGGGAUUCCUGUCGGGAGAUGGCCAGGGUGAUAUUUUUCGCCUGGUUCAGCUGUUAAUCAUGAAGAAGUGUAGCAUUGUAGGAAUCCAGGUUGGAUCAAAGGGGGAUCUAGAAGACCUGAUGGAUUUUCUCAGACAGCCACACUUCAAGCUGGACUCAUGCGUUGAUCGCGUAUUUAGCUUCGACAAGUCUCUGGAAGCUUUCGACUACAUGAGAAAUGGUAGCGCAGUUGGGAAGAUUGUCGUUGAGUUUUAG